AUGGCUACCAACGGAUCAGCCCCAAAGCGCCAGCUGCACUUGAACUUCUUUGAGACAGCUUGCAACAGCUCCCAUAUGUGCACCGGACAAUGGAAGGAUCCCGCAGAUAAUACGAAGAGCAAGGACACACUUGGCUGCUAUUUAUGGCUGGCAAAGCUCGCGGAUAAGGGCAAAAUCACAUCCAUUUUCUUCGCAGACGGCUACGGUCUCCAUCAGACCUACCAAGGAAAACCAGAUGCAACUUACGCCGGAGGCUCGAUGGUCGCAUAUAUGGAUCCGGUUGUUAUGGUCUCUGCUAUGGCAGCUGUGACGAAGUCUGUGGCGUUUGCUCCAUACAUGCUAGCUCGAACAUGGUCAACCUUAGACCACAUGACCAAAGGCCGAGUCGCCUGGAACGUCGUAACCAGCUACAGCAACUCAGCCGCCAAGGCUUUUGGAAAAGACAAAGUCAAGCCCAGUGCGGAACGCUACGAAGCCGCAACCGAAUACAUGGACGUGUGCUACCAACUGUGGGAAAAAUCCUGGGAAGACGGGGCGCCCACCUGGCAAGUGGAGCCCGAGAUGGCGUACGACCCAAGCAAGAUCCACCGCAUCGACUACAAAGGACAACACCACCAGCUCUUUGCAUAUGGUUCGACGCAUCCAUCACCACAACGCACACCAGUCAUCUCCCAAGCCGGGGCUUCGAAAUCUGGCAUCGAUUUUGCUGGCAAGCACGCAGAAGCUAUUUAUACAGACUACAGCACAGUUUUUAUGCUAAAGGAAUACGUCGAGCAAGUCCGAGCAGCAGCCGUUCGCCACGGCCGCGCACCUACGGAUGUCAAGAUCUUCGCAGCCAUGUGUCCCAUUCUCGGUCGCACUCUCAAAGAAGCGCAAGCCAAGCAUGACAAAGCUUUCUCCCUGAUCUCCAUCCAGUCUGGCAUGGCGAAAUUUGGUGGCUACACGAACAUUGAUCUGAGCAAGUAUCCGCUCAAGGAAGCGAUCAACAUCGAGGCUGAGGAAGCCGAUAACCUCAUUACAGGUGUGCUGAGAGAUUUCAAUGAGCGGGCGAAGAGGGCGAAGGAGCCGUUUACGCCGGAGAGUAUUGGGCGGGCGGGAGGCUUUAACACUACGCCUAAGCCGGUGGGAACUGCGGAGAUGGUGGCGGAUGAGUUGCAGAGUUGGUUUGAAGAGACGGGAAUUGAUGGGUUUAAUCUUGUUUGUCGGUUCUCCUUUCUUUCUUUCUUUCUUUCUUUCUUUCUUUCUUUCUUUCUUUCUUUCUUUCCUCCUAGCUCGCUUUCCUCCCCUAUUCUCCUCGCGAAACUUAGCGCAUAA